CAGAGCGGAGGGAGGCGCACAGAGUUUGAUUAUUGUUGUUAUUUAUUUAUUUAUUGUUUAUCUCCAUUUCAUUUCUUUUUUAUUGAUUGUGCGCGCGCAGGAAUUACACUGCUGUAGUUAUUUUGCGGGCUUUAAUGGCGGAGAGCUGCAGCUGGAGGAGCUCCGUCAUGCCCCCUGAAGAUGCCCGUCAGAGGAAAGCAGGACGAAAGAAGGGUAAGAGAGGGAAGGGGAAAGGACAGAGCUGUGAUGAGAAGUUGAGCAGUGUAAACAGACACGAUGAGGUUCUCGCGUCUCCUCCUGUCCCCUCGGCCCGGAGACCUGCUGAGGAGAAGAGGAGAACAGCACAGGCUAAAGUGGACGAUGAGACGUCCGUGUCCAUCUGCGCUCAGGUGAUGUUCCCCUACCUGCUGGCUGGAUUAGGCAUGGUGAUGGCCGGGAUGGUGCUGGACAGUGUGCAGCACUGGGAUGUGUUUAAAGUGAUCACUGAGGUGUUUAUCCUGGUUCCUGCUCUCGUCGGUCUGAAGGGGAAUCUGGAGAUGACGCUCGCGUCUCGUCUCUCCACCGCUGCGAACACGGGGCAGAUGGACGAUCCUCAGCAGCAGUGGUUAAUGGUGUGCAGUAAUCUGGCACUAAUACAGGUCCAGGCCACGGUGGUGGGUUUCUUGGCGGCGCUGGCGGCGCUGGCUCUGGGCGCCGUGUCGAGGGGAGGGGUGGAGCUGGAGCAGGCCGCAGUGCUGUGCGCUAGCAGUGUGACCACAGCGUUCAUCGCCGCACUCUCCUUAGGUUUGGUGAUGGUCGGUGUGAUUAUCGGCUCCCGGAAGGUGGGCAUCAACCCUGAUAACGUGGCCACACCCAUCGCUGCCAGUUUGGGGGAUUUAAUCACACUGUCACUGCUGGCAGGAAUCAGCAGCACACUUUACCACUACAGAGAUGUGUGGUACGUGUCUCCGUUGGUGUGUGUGUUCUUCCUCUGUCUGAUUCCUGUGUGGGUUCUCGUGGCCCGUCGCAGUGUUCAGAUCAGAGAGGUGCUGCGGUCGGGAUGGCAACCAGUGAUAGUGGCCAUGUCCAUCAGCAGGUACACACACACACACACACACAGAUCAGAUGAUUAUGAGAUGUGUAUUUGUCACCGUGUGUGUGUGUGUUUCAGUUUCGGAGGUCUGAUUCUGGACAGAACCGUCAGUGACCCGAACUUUGAGGGCAUGGCAGUGUUUACUCCGGUCAUUAACGGUGUGGGCGGGAACCUGGUGGCCAUCCAGGCGAGCCGAAUCUCCACCUACCUGCACUUCUGGAGUGUUCCGGGAGUUCUGCCCCACAGGAUGAGACAGCAGUGGCCCAACCCCUGCACCUCCUUCUUCUCCACAGGAGUGAACUCUAAAUCUGCCCGUGUGCUCUUCCUCCUCGUUGUCCCGGGACACCUCGUCUUCCUCUUCACCAUCAAAACAUUACAGGGAGGCCACGCCCCCAUCACCCCACCCUUCAUCUGCUGCUAUCUGUGUGCUGCACUAAUACAGGUGGCGCUGUUGCUCUACACGGCGGAUGUGAUGAUGAGGUUCGUGUGGAGGAGGGGUCUGGACCCUGAUAACUUCUCCAUCCCGUACCUCACCGCUCUGGGGGACCUGCUGGGAACCGGCCUGCUCGCGCUCUGCUUCCACCUCGUGUUCCUCCUGCAGGGACUCGGACUGUGAUCAGACUCGGCUCCUCCUCCUCCUUCCAUACAGUCUGAGAGCAUGUCACUCCACAGCGCCUCCUGCUGGAACCUUGUUCACUGGACCCUGACUGAGCUGCAGGUGUACUGAAGGGUUCUGGGUUUGGAGGAACCCACACCCCGGUUCAGCUGGAGUCCGCAGAUGUUCUCACUGUGAGGGGAACGGUUCUGUCAGGUCCAGAAGAAUCCGUCACCGACUCCAACGGACUUCGUUCUUUAUUUCUAAUUUAUUAUUUAUGAAUAAAACUCUCAGAUUCUCUUCACUGACUGAAAUGUAAAUGUCCUGAUUGAUUGAUUGAUUGAUUGAUUGAUUGAUUGAUAAAGGGACAGUAAUGGGAUGAGGAAGUAACACCGUGUGUUAGAGUUUAAAGACUUUAAACACAAAAAUUUAGAAGAAAUUAAAAUAUUUUUGUCUUA